AUGCGCCGUUCUACUCUGCGGAGAUUGGGACUACUUGACAAAGUUUUAGAAAAGCAGGGCAGUUUGAGCUCUACCCCCAGGGGCCGCAGCUUUGCCGAGGUGGGCCUCCCAGGAGGGUCUGAGGAUCUCUCCUUGGACGACCCCCGUCUGCAGCCCCUCAAUCCCGACCUCUCCUUCCCCGACCAGAUCAACCUCAACUACCAGUCCCCCACCACCAUCUCCUUCAACUGGGUCACUGGCAACUACACCCGCGCCGCCCAGCAGGACAAGCUCCCCGAGCUUGACCCCGCCCUUGCCCCCCCCUCGAUCGUCAAGUUCGGCCAGCAAGCGGGUCUUCUCACGAGCUCCGCAAGCGGCGCCGCCACGAGCUACUCCCAGUUUUACACGGGGCCCAUCGCGGUGCAGUACGUCAGCGGGUAUAUCCACAAGGUCACCGUCUCCAACCUGUCCCCCGACACAACCUACUUCUACACCGUUGGUGACGGCGCCACCAGAAACAGCCCGCAGCUGUCCUUCAAAACGCUCCAAGCCGUCGGGCCCACCUUCAGGCCCUACCGUAUCGCUGUGUACGCCGACCCCGGCGAAACCGCCAACACGACGGUGACCGUCGAUCACAUCCAGCAGAGCAACUCUGAUCUGCACAUUCACAUCGGAGAUUACGUCUAUGCUGACAACUACUGCAGCGACGGUACUUUCAACUGCCGCCAGACCUUCCAGCCCCGGUGGGACUCCACCUUCCGCCUCUUCCAGAAACUGUGGUCCAAGGUCCCUUUCGCGGGCAUUGCCGGCAACCACGAGAUUGAGACCCAGUCGGACGGGCGGACCUUCGUCUCCUGGAACGCGCGCAGCAACUUCGCCAAGAGCCACCAGGGCGCCCAGGACUGGUAUGCCAUCAGCGCCCCCGGCGUGCGCAUGAUCUUCAUGAACCAGUACCUACCGUACACAGCUGGUACCGACCAGUACAACUUCGUCGUGGCAGAGCUCGCCAAGGUGGACCGCAGCGUGACCCCCUGGCUUUUUGUCCUGUUCCACUCCCCGUGGUAUGUGUCUUAUAUGACUCAUUACAAGGAGUGGGAGUGCCUCCGUGCCGUGUACGAGGAUAUCUUCUACGCCAACGGUGUCGACAUCAUCAUGCAUGGGCACAUCCAUGCGUACGAGCGCAUCCAGCGGGUGUACAACUACAACCUGGACGCCUGCGCGCCCAGCUACCUCAUCAUUGGCGAUGGCGGCAACAGGGAGAAGCUCUACACCACCUUCGCUGACGUGCCCCCCAACUGCCCCAGACCCACCGCCAACUGCCCUUCGUUCCAAAACGGCUCCUACUGCUACGACAGUCAGCCCCCAUGGUCCGCGUACCGCGAGCCUUCGUUCGGACACGCCACGCUCGACAUGCUUGACGCAAACACCGCCGUCUGGCAGUGGCACAGGAACCAGGAUGACGAAGCUGUCGUCACCGACAGUUACACUUAUAAGAGGCUGAACAGCGCCCAGUGCCCCAACCGCGCCCAGCGCCCCGGCUCCCCCUGCUCCGACCCCGCCUUCCCCAACCCCUGCUUCAACGCUUUCGGCGACUCCCAGGCGUGCUGCUCCACCGGUUGCCCCGCCAUGCCUGGGCCGGUUCCGUACUGUGGCGGCAACCCGGAGCCUAUCCCCGGACAGGACCUCAUCCUCGGGAAGCAGUACGCCCGGGUUAUCACCACCUCAUCCCCGGGCCCGGUUCCCUCCACCCCGGCUCCUACCGCUGGCGUUCCGGCCCCUGCCCCGGGCGCUACUACCCCCACCGGAACCACCUCCGCCCCCACCGGAACCACUUCUGCGCCCACCGGAACCACAUCUGCCCCGACCGGAAGCACAUCUGCCCCGACCGGAACCACCUCUGCUCCGACCGGAACCACCUCCGCCCCGACCGGAACCACCUCCGCCCCGACCGGAACAACUUCUUCUCCGACCCCGGCGCCUACUACCGACGCCAGGGGGAUCCCCCGGGGCACUACGUGCGACCCCUACUCGUCGCUCCCCAACCAGUGCUUCAAUUCCAACGGCGACUUCUACGUCUGCUGCGCGGGCCAGUGCCCCAGCGCCCCCGGCCCCAACGCGUCUUGCUAGGUUUAGUUCCCGGGUUUUGCUGGUAAUCCAUUGCAAACCAGUUUGAGAGUAUUUUGACAUGGCAGCGAGGUUCAUUUCAGCCAUCGAAGAGCCGCGAUGAUUCGCUCUGGCGUUAGAAAGUGCCUCCAAUUCUUCCGUCGUCUCAUCUUCCAUCAUUCAUUAAAGAAUAAUCAGCAACGAGGGUUAAGUACCACGUUUUUGACGUGUUAUCCGUUGCAGAGUGGUUUCUGGUCUCUUGAGAAUAAAACACAAGCCCGUAGGCGUCUAGCCAGUUUUGAGAAGGAGCAGCGAGCAUUGAGAAGCUAGCGAGGAAGAGUUCUGGAAUUUCAAUCAUAUAACAUCUUGUUAUGGUAUUCAUUGUAAACGCA